UCCGAAAAAUUUCAAUUCUUGUCUCUCUCUCUUUCUCUCUCUCUCUCGCUUGCUUUUCAUCUCAUAAAGCUGUUAAGAGCCUAUUGAACAGUUUCAAUAAGCGUUUCACUAAUCUUCAUUAGGUGGGUUCAGAGUGUCAUUUAGAUAUGGGCAUGAAGAACCCACAAUCAAGCUUGCCGCCAGGUUUUAGGUUCCACCCAACAGAUGAGGAGCUCAUCCUCCAUUACCUAAAGAAAAAGAUUGCAUCCACACCCUUCCCUGUUUCCAUCAUUGCAGAUGUUGAUAUCUACAAGUUUGAUCCAUGGGACUUACCAGCUAUGGCUGCCUUUGGAGAGAAAGAAUGGUACUUUUUCAGUCCUAGAGAUCGUAAGUAUCCCAAUGGAGCUAGGCCUAACAGAGCAGCAGCUUCAGGGUAUUGGAAGGCAACUGGCACAGACAAGGUCAUAGUGGCAUCAUCAGCAAUACGUGCAGGUGCUGGUGUAGGAGUGCAAGAGAACAUUGGUGUUAAGAAGGCUCUUGUCUUCUACAGGGGAAGGCCUCCCAAGGGAAUCAAGACUAAUUGGAUUAUGCAUGAAUAUCGCCUAGCUGAUGCCCCUGCCCACAACGUCAAGCCAAUCAAGCCUAAAGAUUCAUCCUCCACUGCAAUGAGGCUUGAUGAUUGGGUUCUUUGCCGGAUCUACAAGAAAACCCAUGCUUCAACUCCAUCAGCAGCAGCAGCAGCAGCUAGUGAUCAUGAUCAAGAAGAAGAAGAAGAAGAACAGUUUGUUCAAGAAACCCUUUUACCAAGCUUAAAGAACCCACUAAGCAACAAAUCUCUCAUGCCCCAGAAAUCUUCUUCUUUCUCCAACCUGCUGGACGCCACGGACUACUCUAUACUGAGGAGUUUCUUAUCAGAUAACCAGUUCAAUCCAACUGGGUAUGAUUCAACCCCAUCAUUAGUACUCAAUGGUGCAAUACCUGACCAAACUUUCGUCAACAACUGCAACCCUAUUACCAAUAGCAGCAGUAGUAGCAGUUACUUCAUUCAAAAAUUACCUCAGUUGAGUACUCCAAUACCUAACAUGGAAAACAAGCUCAAGCGCCCACUUCCUAGCAUUGAUGAGGAUAUGCAUCCUCACCCAUCAAAGAAAUUCAUCAAUUCUUGCAGUUUCAGUAACAGCACCAGCCAAACUGAUGUUGCUUAUCAAUACAAUUUCCUAAAGCAGCCAUUGUUGAACCAGCAAUUACUUUUGAGCCCUCAUCUUCAGUUCCAAGGUUAAAAUUAACCAAUAAAAGGUUCUAAAAAAUUCCAGGACCCAAAAAAAAAAAAAAAGAUUAGGGAAAGCAAAAGAAGAACCCAUUUCUUGUGUAUACGAGGGAUGCAUGUAUGUGAUUUUUGUGCUGCAAGAUGACAAAAUUGAACUGCUUGGAUUUGGAUAUAUGGUAUUGAAAAGAAGAUACCAUUUUUAUAGUCAAAAGAUGUUGGAAAAAUUGAAAAAGACAAAAAAAAAAGGUUUGAUAUUUAUGGGAUUAUGUACAUGAUUUUUGCAGAGAAUAUGUGCAAUACACAAUAAUUCAAUUGGCAUAUCAAAUUUACAGUUUGCGGAA